AUGAAGGUGGAGGUGUGGCCAAUUCCAUCCCCAUCUCUUUGUGGAGAAAAACCAGAAGAAUGGCAUGUGAUGGACCCUGUGGAGGGAAGCAUGAUUUAUUGCUGGGCAUUUGACUCAUUAGCUGAAAAAAGUUGUUUGGUAGUGCAACAUAUUAUCAUCAUGACCUUCAGAUUUCCACAGGGUUACAACAUUGCCAAAAUGCUCUAUGUUGGAUGCCAUUGUCGAUCGGCAUCGACCAGGCUUUAUCGAUGUCACAAUCGCCUUCAAAGCAUACAAGCAUCCUUGAACAGGCACUCGGAUGGUCUUCUUAAGGGAUCCUUUUCAUCUCGAAGUUCAAAUCCUUUGCCCUUACUCCACCGAAUGAGCUCAAUGGCAAUUUCUCAGCAAGAAGAGAUAGACACACACACUCCUCUUGUCUGCUGAAUGCAUUUAAUUCUGCCACAAUGCGGGCGCGCGCGCACACACACACCAUGUGUGUACCAUCACCUUAUCUUCUGGUGGCCACCAACAAACAAGCAAAGAUGUGGAUGCCUUGACAUGGAGAGAUGGAGAAGGGUUGUGGAAUUUGAUUGCAUUCAAAGAUAUAGAGACAAGAUUUGUUCUCUUAGCUCACUGCCCUUCCCUUGCUGCAACCUCAUAUCAGAACACCAUCAUUGUAUCUUCUCCAGUGAACUCUCUUUGUUGCUAGGAUAAGAUUCCUUGGUAAAGGCUGUCAAGGAGUUAUUCAUUGGAGUGCUCAUUCAGUUUGAAUUGUUGAACUGGAUUGAAAUUUUCAUGUAGAAUAAAAUUUAGAUUUUUUUUUCCCAUAUACCAUUUUGUGCUUUGUUUAAAGUCUCAUUGAAUUCUUAAUUUAAUUUGGACAUCCUAGUUGUUAGAUUAAGAAAAAAAGAUUGCUUGUAGUUGAGAUUGUUGGAGAAUACUAUUAUGAUCCAUGUUUUGUGGCCU